CACUUUCAAACCUUGUACUUUUUAAAAGUCAAUUUGUAGUCAGUCGAGACGUUUGUUUUGUGAAAGAAAAUGGUGAAGCUCGAAUCUAUAGUUUGAUAAAUGACAAUUUUCGAGCCGGAUCUGCUAAACUCCCAGCUAAUUGUACUCGAGUAAUGAGUACACCAGAUGGAGCUUGUUUUGUUUCGUUCGUGAAAGAAAAACUUGAUAUUGAUGUAUCCGAAGGAAAAAACAAAGUAAUCGAAACAAUUCCCAAGAAUGCGUGUUCAGAAAUGACAAAUAGUGAAACCGAAUUACUGAAUACUAAUGAAACAAAUGCAUCCGAAGGAAAAAAUAAAGUAAUCAAAGCAAUUCCCGAGAAUAUAUGUUCAGAAAUGCGAACAAAUAAUGAAACAACAAAAUCAUCAAGUAUUGAUAAUAUAGCCAAGAAUAAAGAAGCAAUAGAAACCGAAUUACAUCAAGAUACAACUCAAGCAUUAAGUAGAGAAGUUGUUCGUGGUUAUGUAUAUUUUUUAGAGAAGUUUAGUAAAGAUGCAAACAAAGUAAUCGAAGUUCCAUUUACUAAUCCAAACAUUGAGCUUUUCCAAUUUACUUCGCUUGCAGAUAAGCAAGUUCACUUGGUAACAAUUGAUUUAUAUAAUAACAUUUUACAAUCCUUGAUGGUUAAAAUCACGCAUGCAAAGACUAAAUUCCGUUUUGAACGAAAAACUAAAGAAAAAGCUUUAGGAAAAGUAAAAAUAGAAAGUUAUGAUCCAUUUACAAUCAUUGGCCAAAACACAAAAUUCACCAAUGAUCUUCAGAUUGGAGACUUUUUAGUUAUUGGUAAUGAAAAACGUCAAAUUAUAAAAGUCAUUAACGACAGUGAAUUGAAAAUUACCAAUAAACAGUUAUUUAAGUCACUUAAUUUUGGCGAGUGGAAACGAUUUCAAAUUGAACCAAAGGCAAAUAUAAAUGGCUUGCUCGAUGCAUAUUCUAUGGUUUUCACAAAAUAUGCAAUCACAAACCCGUUUGGUCAAAUUGAUAAACCAUUAAAAUUGACAAUAGUUAUGGACCUACGUGAUGAAUUGGAUAUAGAUA